AUGAAUUAUAUUGAUUAAGGUACUGCUCUAUCUAGAAAGGUUCCAAAUAGAAAAUUAUCUAAGAAGAAUUCUCUUUUUUAUUAAGUAUAGAUGUUAUAAUUAAUAAUAGCAAUCAGUUUUUGAGAAUGAAGAAUUCAUGUAAAAGUAUGAGAAGAAUGUGGAUCAAUUAUAAACAGUAAUAGAAGAGCCAGAAUUAAAAGAAGUGAUUCAAAAUAGAAAUGAGAAGUUUUUUUAAGUUUUAGAAUAAAUAAUAAAAGUGGAAUCAUCAAUUAAGGAGUUUGCUAAAGGGUAAUUUAAUAUGUUAAUUUAGUUAUUAAAAGUAUGGAUUUAUUGUAUCUGAUACAGGAAUAACAUAUAGAGAAUGGGCACCAAAUGCAAAAGAAUUAAAAUUAAAUGAAUAUGGUUGCACUACUGAUAAUGGUGGAAAUUGGGAAGUAUUUAUACCAAAAGAUGAUGAUGAUAAUCAUUAAAUUUAACAUGGAAGUCCUCUUAUCACAUACUGUAAUUAAUUUGAAAGAGCUUCAGUAUGGAGUAGUGUAAAGAAAGGAGAAUAAGCAAUAUUUUGGAAUCCAGACAAUAAGUAUGAAUUUCAAUAAUAACAAUUACAAUAAAAGUAGUAAAGUAAAGGGUUAAAAGUGAUUAAAUAAAAGAUUACAGAGUUGUAAGGAGUGAAUGGAUACAAUACAAUUAUGAUUACUUAAUAAUUAUUAAUGCAAGUUGAUGUAAAUUAAAUAACUCCAGAUGACUUAAAAAGAAACAUAGAUGUACUUCAUUAAAAAGGUUUUUAUGUUAUAAUGGAGAUUGAUCAUGAAUAAAUAUUGAAAUAUUUAAAUAAUUGGGAUGGAACUUAAUUUUAAUACUUGAAAGAUGGAAUAGAAUAAUUGGAUUAUGGAAAAUGGGAAGUUUUGAGAUUAUUAUUAUCAAAUAUAUCAUUUUGGAUAACAGAAUAUUAAAUAGAUGGAUUUAAAUUUACUAAUAUUGAAAUAUAAGAUGAUAUUGAUGCAGCAGUAUACUUGAUGUUAGCAAAUGAUCUCAUUCAUGAUUUAUUGCCAAAUGGUAUAAGUAUAAUCUAAAACUUGGAUUAUCCAGUUCUUUGUAGAACAAUUAAAGAGGGAGGUUUAGGUUUUGAUUUUAGACUUUCUAAAUUAUAACAUAAAUAAUAUUAACCUAAGACUUUAUUUGAAAAUAAUGGAAUGUAUACUUAAGCUUAAAUCUUAAAUGCACUUGUUAUUGGUUCAGUAAGAAUUGAAUUAAAUGUAGGGAUUGAUAUAAGAAAUUGUAGAUGAUAAAUUUGUAUAAUUUGAAUAACUAUAUGGAUGGUUAAAUGAUGAAAUUGUUUAAAUCAAUGAAGUGGAUUUUGUGUUGCAAAUUAAAAGAGGAAAUUAUAUAUUUUUGAUAAAUCAUAUGAAUGAAGUAAUAUUAUUAUUAAUUUAUUUAUAGAAUAAAGAAAUUGUAUUGAAUUUGAAAAUAAAUAAAAUUAUAAACAAAGAGGAUCAAAAAUGGGAAUAAUUAGAUGAAAAUACCAUAAAAUUAAUUAUUGAAUCAGAAUAGGGAUUGAUAAUUGAAUGA